AUGCUCCUUUCUGCAGUUCUUCUGUUUUCAGUUUUAAUUUUCAUCCCACAUUUCCCAUUUGGUGCUCACGCUAAGCUGCACGUAGACUGCACCUUCGAACGAAUAAAAUCAUGGACGACUGCUCAGAAUACUUCGGCUCCAUCACUGAGGUUUAGGGGACAGCUUCCUUCUUCAAAAAAGAGUCACACUUGCCUUGUGAAGACAAAUGAGACAAACCGACUGAUUUAUUUGAAAGCCAAAAGAGACGAGUGGUCCAAAGGUUCACUGCACGUCUCUGCCUAUGAAGAAGACGAGGGAUCCUUGCUAACUAGCCAUCUUGGUAUAUCAACGUCUGAAGCUGGAUGGAGAAGUUUGCCUUUCUGUCCAACCAAGGGUAAGGUUAGGGGAAAGCAUUUAUUGUUUUCAGGCACAGAUGGCGUUGGUUUCAUGGCGGAAAUGCAACAAGAAAGAGGCAUUGAAUUAGAUGUCCCAGUGCCGGUUAAACUGAGUGCAAAGGAUACUUAUCCAGCUGUUUAUCAGUUCAUUCCAGCAGAAGACAUUUCAAGUACUCAACUUGACAUAACUGUCACUUCUGAGUCUGAUGACGUACCAGCUUACUUAAAAGUAUCACGUAACUGUAAGGAUGUCAAAGACAACAUUAACGUUGUGGACUAUAAAGGAGAGUCAAUCCGUCUGUCGUUCGCCAAAAGGGGACGGAUUACUUUGUCCAAGUUCUCCACUCCACCUUUGACCGCUUCCUCUUCCAGUUGGUUCAUUGGGAUUGCAAUUAAAAACGCCGCUGGCGAAACUUCCCCUAAAGCCACAAAGACGGUUGAAUUGACUUUGACGAGAUCAUUUGAUUACUCAUACGCUCAUCCAUUGUGGAUUUCGCAACUUGUAAUCAAUGUUUUAGGUGGUGUUGCUAUUUCUCUUUUGGCAUGGUUUAUUUUUAGAGUGAGAGAUUGCGAGAAGUGCAAGAAUUUAAGUAUAACCCCCGGUGAAUUUUUCUCAGCUAUGCUGGCCGUUCUGUUUAUUCAUUCGUUCAGUCGGGGUCCCAAAACGUAUUCUUACAUCACAAUUAUUGUCGGUUCGGUUUUAAUGGUGGGUUCAUUCCAGUUUGUCUUUGCAGACUGGUAUUUAAUGAUUCAAGAGGGCGACAGAGAUCACUGUUAUUAUAACGAUUUCUGUUAUCGAGUGCGCUAUGCUGAUAUUCCCUAUAAUUUAAUUGUUAGUAAUAUUAUUUACGUCUCGCAAGGCUUGAUUUUAGCUAUAAAUGUUCUUUGCAUGGAGUCAGAGGUACUUGCUCGAUGUAGGAAACUUGCCAAGGAACAAGGAAAAAAGCUGAAACCAAAAGAGGAAGAAGAGUUACCUAAUCACGUGUUAAGAUGUCCCGAUAUUUCGCUUCAUUUCAGAAAAAUGCAUGUUCCCAGAGAUACCGAAUCUCCUGACGAAAUGUUUCCUGCAGCAAUUAAAAAGAAGUAUAACUUUUCUUUGGGCUACGCUCAAGCCUGGGCCUUGUUGUUUGUAGGGGCAUUUUCAGCACUUUAUCAUCUCUGUCCGAGUAGGUUGACUUUUCAGUUCGAUACAGCUUUUAUGUUCGUGAGUGCAGGUUUAAGUAUUGUUUGGUGCUAUAAUGGCAUUGAAAUGCAGGAAUGCUCAGCAAGUGUAAGCGCUAAAAAUCGUGUAGGAGCAGCAAAUAUGUUUCUUUACUUCGUAGUUCCUAUGUUAAUUUUCAAUUAUCUUGGAACAAUGUAUCAUUCAGAAGCAGGGCUCGCCAAAGUGUUCAGAAUCCCGGUCUUUAUACUUCUCGUUCUCUGGUUAGUAAUCUUGCUAUCGUGGGCUGGAUAUAAGUUGUUUCCUGAGAUGUGUAGUAUAGCCUGCUGGAACUCUCUUGUUCAGAGGCGCUGUUCCAGUGAAUGUUGUGAAAACUGUGAAAGGUUCUCCAAGAAGAUCCGUGAAAACAAAGUGUUGAUAAUAGUUAGCUUUUUUGGUCUCUUCCUCUUUCCGAUUUUGUUUGCGAGCCUCCGGAUUGCUAAAGUAUUAGAAUUUACCGACGCCUUUCUCUAUCUUUGUUUAACAGAGAACGCUGUUGCAGCUUUCGGAACUUUCAUUCUCGGCAGCUGUUUUGGCAGCCAGUCAGACUCCAGUGGAUGUAACAAAUGGUGUAAAAUUUUAUUCCGCUUUUUGCAAAUUCCUUUUUUUGUGGCAGCCUUUGUCAUUUUGGAAACAAAUGAAACAAUAGAUAAGAGUAAGUCUCCUGAAAAAUCUCGUGAUUUAAACAGAGAAUGUAACUUUAUGGGUUUCUUUGACUGGCAUGAUAUAUGGCACAUUUUUUCCUCGUUUGGUUUCCUUAUUUCGGCACUAGCGAUGAUCCAUGAUAGUUAUGAACCUCCAAAAGAGAUUCAAGAUGGUGAUAGGCCUAAUUAUGGCUCAACUCAAACUUGUGUAUGA